AUGGACAUGGACGUGGACGUGGAAGACUUCCGCGACGUCCUUGAGAUGAGGGACUUGUUCCGGUUCACACUUCCCACCUCGGUCCACUCACCCAUUCCAACUGAGGGUGAAGCCUCGUCGUCGUCAUCCACAGGGGCCCUGCAGCUCAGCCGUUUCCCAAUCCACCCGGACCUGCCUUGGACGAUGAUGACAAUACCAGAGUUGAAGAAGAGGACGAGCUCGCGGGCAAGGGCCUACUUCGGAGAGGACGAAGAAGGAGUGGACCUGGACGAAGAGGACCGAAUGGACGUGGACGGCGAAGAUGAGGCUCAGAAGCCGCUAGACCCGAACCAAAAAUGGAGACCCUUCGCGUCCGAGCUCGACUGGCGAGUAGCCAUGUGGGUUGUUCGAGAGGAUGUCGGUCAGAAGUCGCUCAAUCGGUUUCUGAGCAUACCGGGUGUGGUUGAAAAGCUCGGUCUUACGUUCAAAGACGUACGCGAGCUCUUCAUGAAGAUUGAUGCCAUCCCGGAGAUGGCGGUGUGGAAGACAUCGUCUCUCGCAUUCCCGGACAGGCCGGAUGAGAAGCAUCUCGUUCGAUACCGAGACAUCCUUGAAGCAAUCAAGGCGCUGCUGGGCAACCCGUCCUACGCGAAGUACAUCGUGUAUCGCCUGAAGCAUGUCUUCACGGAUCGGUCGAGGACAAAGCACAUUUUCACGGAGAUGUGGACAGGACUGUGGUGGAACGCGGUGCAGAAGUUAAUUCCCCGGGAGCACGCCGUCGCCCCCAUCAUCAUUUCCACCGAUAAGACACAACUCACUCAGUUUGCGGGCAACAAAGCGGCGUACCCGGUCUAUCUCACACUUGGCAACAUCCCUCGGGCCAUCCGUCGCAAACCGACAGAGCACACCUGCAUUCUAUUGGGAUAUCUCCCUGUGACCAAGAUCGGAAAGAAGCAGCUUGGCAAGCGGGAAUGCAAGGCAAGGGGUCAGAGACUCUUUCAUGCGGCAAUGUGUAUUAUUCUUCAGCCUCUCGUGCGCGCAGGUUUGGAUGGCAUCGAGGUCACCGGAGGCGAUGGCUCCGUCCGCCAUGUGCACCCCAUCCUGGCUUCUUACGUGGCUGACUAUCCAGAACAAUGUCUGGUGGCGUGCUCAAAGUACGGCACCUGUCCGAAGUGCAUGUGCCCCGCAGACAAGCUGCAAGACGAUGCCCUCAAGGACCCGCGCACCCCCGAGGAGACGGAGCGCAUCAUCAGGGAGGCACGAGCUGAGGGAAACAUGCCCGCCGCCGCCGACACCCUGUGCAUGGAACAAGAGGUCAGCGGCGGUGUGAAGACACCAUUCUGGACGGACCUGCCGUACACUGACAUCCACAUGUCCAUCACCCCGGAUGUGUUGCAUCAGCUGUACCAGGGGGUGUUCAAACACCUGGUCUCGUGGUGCCAGGAUCUCCUCAGCCCUGAGGAGCUCGACAACCGUCUCCGUUGUCUCCCAGGCGCGUACGGCAUUCGGCACUUGAAGAACGGGAUCUCGUCGCUGGCCCAGGUGUCAGGCAAGGAAAGGAAGGAAAUGGUGCGCAUCCUCCUAGCCUGUCUUGUUGGCAAGAUACCGAAGGCGGUCAUGCUCACCUUCCGGUCCAUUCUCGACUUCAUCUACCUAGCGCAGUACCCGACUCACGACGACACCACUCUAGGAUAUAUGACGGACACUCUGAAGACGUACCACAAGAAUAAAGAUGUCUUGAUCAAGCUUGGAAUCCGGGAACACUUCAAUAUCCCUAAGUUUCACUCGCUGAUGCAUUACGUGGAUUCCAUCCGCCAGUUCGGCACCACCGACAAUUACAACACGGAGAUGUUCGAACGUCUCCACGUCGACUUCGCGAAAAAGGUGUGGCGCACCUCGAAUCACCGGGACGAGUUCCCCCAAAUGAUGAAAUGGAUCACGCGUCGAGAGAAGAUGGCCGCAUACGAGGCCUUUCAAAAGGAGUGUCUAGUGGAGGAGGUAUCAGAGGACUUAGACGGCAACCCUGAGGACUCAGAAGGGGCAGCUUCUUGUCCAGAAGAGGUUGUGGACGUUGGGAACAAUGUCAAGACAGCUAAGUAUCCUCCAGCGCCUCAGCAGCAUCUAACUCGUAUCCAGGAGCGGCACAAUGCUCCUGGUUUCUCCACCGCCUUGACCGCCUUCAUUAACAAUAUACAGCCAUCCGAACUUCGACUGAACCGCCACGACCUCUCUCGAACGUGGCUACCUUUCGAUCGGCUGGAUGUCUACCACCAAGCCCGCUUCAGUCCUUUCGCGCUGUCCGACGGUAAAGAGGAGCAAGACAUCGUCAAGUCUAUCCCCGGCUCAGCUAUCAAGGGAAGGAAGGCACGGUUUGACACCGUCAUUGCUCUUGAGAACGGGGAAGCCGAAUCCACAGGGGUUAGAGGUACACAAGCUGGAAGACUGAAGGACGGACAUGCUCCUAUGUCGCUCCCUCUCAUAUGGGAGAUACACGGCGACAAGAUCAAAAUCUCACUUGAUCAACCCCUCACCAUCCAGCUCUUCCGCGGGCUCAACAAGUUUAUCCCCGCGUGUUUGUGCCCCCAAGUCUCCCUCCGCCUCACCUUACCUCUGCGGUACACGCCUGUAUUCAAAGACACGGCGGUAUCCAUUACCGUGCAUGCCACCGAAUACGCUCGCGGCAUGAAAUCUCUCCAUCCCAUGUGCUCAAUGAAGGCGGAAUUUACGGCCCUCGACUUCUAUUUCCCCGUGGACAUGCCGCAGCGCCGCCAAUGCUUCAAGGCGGACUGGAGAAUUGAGCACCGUGGCAGCCCCCAAGGAACGGUCGCAGUGCGACCUCUCAUGGGCGAAGACGGGUGUACGGUGGAAGACCUCGUUCCGCCAGAGGAAAACUCGGACUGGGACUGGGACUCGAACUCAGACGGAUCAGACGCGGUAGAUGGUGAAGGCGCAAUGGCUGUUGCUGAUGGCAUAGAGGAGCCGGGCGCGGUGGAAAUCUGGGAGGUUCUCCCAGGAGGCAAGGAGAUCCCGUACGUCGAGAGCGCGAGGGCUGCUGAAGAGCUUCAGCGCUCGGAGGUGGAGGUCUGGGAGGUCAGGCGAAACGGCUUCCUUGUUCCAUGUAUCUAG